AUGGCAAAGCUGGUGUUCUUGAUGAUUCUGUUCUCUCCCAUGGCACGUAAAGUCAAUAUUUGGAAGUGCCUCAUGAGUGAUGCAGUCUCAGUUCCACAUGACUUCUAUCGGUCCGGGGAUGUCCUCAUUGGUGGGGUUGUUUCUCAGAUUGUUUACCCUCUUCACACAUUUUCUUUUGAAGUGAAUCCCUCAAAUGACCCUCUUGACUUUCCACACAUGCUAACAAAGUACUACCAGCAUGUCCUGGCUUUGGUGUUUGCUGUAGAUGAGAUCAACCAUAACCCCAAGAUCUUGCCCAAUGCCACUCUUGGGUUCCACAUCUGUGACAGCUAUGACAAUGUCCAAAUGACCUAUUGUACUACUCUGCAUCUCCUUUUUCAGUCAAGUAGAUAUUUUCCCAACUAUGAAUGUGGUAUUCAGAAAAACAUAAUGACUGUCAUUGGGGGACUUAGUUUAGAGAUCUCCUUCCAUAUGGCGGACAUCUUGGCUCUUUACAAGUUACCACAGCUCACUUAUGGCUCAUUUGCCCAAGAGGAGAGUCAUACAAGACAGUCCCCUUUGUUUUACCGCUUGGUCCCGAAUGAACCCUAUCAGUGCAUAGGAAUUAUCAAAUUACUUCAGCAUUUUGGGUGGACGUGGGUCGGGCUCUUUGCUGUGGAUGACGACAGUGGAGACCAUUUCUUGCAAACCCUUGAGCCAUUGUUUUCCCAGCAUGGAAUCUGUUGGGCCUUCACAGAGAGAAUCCCAAACCAGGUGAACUGGGAUAAGCUAUACGAACUUUAUACUGUGGUGUCAAAUAUAUAUCUGCCUUUCAGAGAAAGCAAAGCCAGUACAUUUAUCUUCUAUGGGGAAUCAUGGACAAUGACAACCUUGACUGGUGUUCUGUCUCUAGCAGGUCAUAGCUAUACAGAAAAUAUGUCAUUGAGAAAAGUGUGGAUUAUGACAGCCCAAGUGGAUUUUGCAUUAACAGGCAUUCAGCGAGACUGGGAUUUCCAGUUCUUCCACGGGGCCCUUUCCUUCAGAAUUCACUCAAAUGUACCCUUUGGAUUCCACAACUUUCUGAAGAAAAUUAAACCAUAUUGGGAACCCAAAGAUGGGUUUCUCAAGGAGUUUUGGGAACAAGCAUUUGGAUGUUCAUUACUAGACCCUCAGGAUACAGAGAAUGAUGAUGCAAUGUGUACCGGGGAGGAGCGCCUGGACAGCCUUCCAGGGCAUAUUUUUGAAAUGAGUAUGACUGGCCAUAGCUACAGCAUCUACAAUGCUGUUUAUGCCACAGCACAUGCUUUACAGGCCAUGCACACCUCUAUGUCCAAGUACAGAAAAAUAUCACAGAGUAAAAGACUUGAAUUUCCUCAUUUCUAUCCUUGGCAGCUGAACAGAUUUCUUCAAGGCAUUUCAUUUAACAACUCAGUAGGUGAACCUGUGUCUUUAAAGAAAAACAGGGAAAUGGGAGAUAGAUUUGAUAUCAUGAAUUUGGUCACAUUCCCAAACAAGACUUUUGUUAGAGUGAAAGUUGGAAGUGUGAAUUCCAAUGCUGCGGAAGAACCAGUAUUCGUCCUUCAUGAGGAGAGAAUUGUGUGGCAGACACAUUUCAACCAGGUGCCCGUUUCUGUGUGCAAUGACUACUGCCGCCCUGGUACCCAAAAGGAAAAGAAAGAAGGGGAGAAAUUUUGUUGCUAUGACUGUGUCCCUUGCCCAGAAGGAAAGAUUUCAAGCCAGCAAGAUAUGGUUGAUUGUAUCAAAUGCCCAGAAGAUCAGUAUUCAAGCAAGGACAAAGAUGGAUGCGUCAACAAAGUGAUAACUUUCUUGUCAUUCUUGGCAUUUGAAGAACCUUUAGGAAUCACUUUAGUUUUGCUUGCAGUUUCUUGUUUCCUGAUCACAGCCUUCGUGCUAGCAGUUUUUAUGAAGAACAAAGAUACCCCCAUAGUCAAAGCCAAUAACCGAGAUCUCACCUAUGCUCUCCUCGUCUCCCUUCUGCUCUGCUUCCUCUGUGCUUUGCUUUUUCUUGGAAAACCAAGCACUGUGACCUGCUUCAUCCGACAAUCUGCUUUUGGGAUCGUCUUUUCGGUGGCUCUUUCUUGUGUGUUGGCCAAAACCAUCACUGUGGUUCUAGCUUUUAUGGCCACCAAACCAGGAUCUGGCCUGAGGAAGUGGGUUGGGAAAAGACUGGCCAACUCCAUUGUCCUUUCCUGCUCCCUUGUUCAAGUAGGUAUCUGUAUAGUGUGGCUGGGAACCUCGCCUCCAUUUCCAGAUUUAGACAUGCAGUCCAUGGCUGAGAAGAUUGUAGUAGCAUGUAAUGAAGGGUCUGUGGUCAUGUUUUAUGUUGUCCUGGGUUACUUGGGACUUUUGUCUCUCAUAAGCUUGACUGUGGCUUUCUUUGCCAGGAAGCUGCCCAACAGUUUUAAUGAAGCCAAAUUCAUCACUUUCAGCAUGCUGAUCUUUUGCAGUGUUUGGAUGUCCUUUCUUCCAACCUAUCUGAGCACCAAAGGGAAAUACAUGGUUGCUGUAGAGGUUUUCUCUAUCUUGGCCUCCAGUGCUGCAUUACUGGCUUGGAUCUUCUCUAUUAAGUGCUACAUCAUUCUUCUGAGACCUGAUCUGAAUAGCAGUGUUGAUUUGAGGGUUGAAAUUCACACUUUAGAUUCAGCAAACCCAAACUAUAUCCAAAUCCUAUUAAUUAAGAGUUUAUUUACAGAUCCUGUUUUGUGUAUUGAUGUAUAUCUUCAACCUAAAUGCUCCAAAGCUCAUACAGAAGAAGUUACAUCAGAUUUGUUUCCUGGUCAAAGAAGACACAAAUGGUCAGAGCAUCUACAAACAAAACUAGCUGAAGCCUUAGAGGACACAGAAAUAAAGGACAAAAGACAAGUCCUCCUCCAAACAGAUGCCAACAUUAUCCAAUUAUAUGAAGAGAUUGUACAACUAAUUAAGCCACUUCUUAUUAAGGAUGAAUCUCCUAAAAUUCAUCUGUGUCCCUCAAAUAAAUGGUAUGAUUUGGAAUGUAGAAAUCUAAAAGAUAUAUAUAAACUGAAAAAUGAGGAAAACCAGACAUAG